GGAACGUUAUUGUCUACGGGAAUACAAUUGACAUUUACACUACAGUAGAAACCCUCUUAUCUCUUGGAAUUGAUGGUUCUCGCAUACAUCUCGUACAACCUCCACUCAGCUCAACUGUUACUUGCCUUAACAACAACGAAAUCGAAAGCGCUGUUCAGGAGGCCCUGUCAAAGGCUGGCGUGUCUGUUUAUUACAACGGUAUCCUGGCACAGUGGAACGAAGGCGAGGACCCAGACCUUAUCACAUGUGCUGCUUUCACUACUAACACAAAACCAUUUAAAUUGCAGUGUUCAGCGUUUUUUAGCUUUGCCUACAGGACAGUGGAUUAUGAAACCUUCAAGGCAAUUAACGAUGCUUGCCUUGUUUUUGAUGGAAGGCUUGUGAUUGAUAUGGAAUUCUGUACCAAUGAUGUCAGUAUCAGGGCUGCAGGUCCUUUAACAAAGUACUCCAGGAGAUACUAUGCAGAGGAAUGGACACACAGCAACUUCAAUUCGAAAGAGAUCGGCUUUGAGCUUGCCGCAUCUAUGGUGAAUCUCCUUGAUCCAACCCCCAAGCCCUUUUCUAAGCCCCCAGAAGCCACAGAUAGACUCAUCCCCAUGUACACAGGCUGUACAAUUCAAGGAGGUGUUCUUCCUGGAGGUUAUAAUUACUUGCAUAUUUCCAAACCAGAAAUCCCCAUCCGCUUGGACUUAAAACUUGCACUGUGUGAUCAUGGAGAGGCAAGUUCCCAGCACCUAGUUAAUUCACAUCACGUCAAGGUGAUGGUGGUCGUGUUUGCCAUCCGCUUUGCAUAA